AUGAACGAUCAUGCCUCCUCUUCUCGCUCACCCCCGAAGACAUCGACCGACGCGGACCGUAGCUCCGAUGAGUCCGCAUCUGUUUCAUUAGAGCAAGAGCUCGCCGCUUGGGGGAACGGCUACCAGGCUUGGGUGGACCGUAACUUACAGAGUCUCUUGAAAGAUUUUGUGACAGGGAAGAAAUCUAAAAUAGGGGUUGCCAUGUGCCCCAACACUGUCACUCGCUGCAUCGCGAAGGAAGGCACUGAUGAAGAUUUGCGUUUCAUCCUGGGCAAAAUUUACCAGACGUACGGCCCCAUUCGCAUGUACUAUAAAGGGUGUGACACUUUGGCUAAUCAUUGGGUUACUGGCUGGGAGGUGAGUCUUCAGUAUUUCAAUACCCUCGCAGAGAUUUUGUUUGACGAGAGGGCACUUCAUAGACAGUAA